AUGGAUAUCCAACAGCGAGGGCGCUCUCCCUCAGUAGGCCAGCGCAUUCAUAAGGCGCACUCUCCCUCGCCUAGCCCACAUGCGCCUUUCCAGCACCAGCAUAACGUCGGCUUGGGCUUCGAUUCUAUUCAAGACCCAUCCUCGUACGCAGUCACAAGCGCGGGGCUGAACAGCACCCAGUUCCUUACCACGACCCAAGGACAGCAAUUCCCUCAGCAGAACAGCUUUGCCGACCCAAGCUUCUUCCAGGCUACUCAGUCUAUCUCGCAGCAUAAUACGCCGCAAUUUGGCCCCCAAGGCAACAACAACAACAUUUCGCCCGACCCACUUGAUAUUGCGAACUCUAACAACCCCGACUUCAACGACUUCUUCCAGGGCAACGACCUUGGCCAGAACCAAUCGCUUCCGUCGUAUCUUGGGAAUACGCUUGACCCACACAUGCUCGACGCUCAGUCGCAACACAGCCAAUCCAUCAAUCCCUCAGAUCUUAUGCACCAAAUGGCAGCCACACAACACAACGCGCCUACGCCGCCGCACCUUCUGCCCAGCAUGAACAGCCACCAAACCCCAAGUCCACAUGCGUCGCCAAACAUCAACCAGGGUCCGUUCAGAUCACCAGGGCAUUCGCGACACACGUCGUUGGAUCCCAGCGCAGCAUAUGGACAGAUUACAGAAUGGGGGCAGAUGGCAGGCGGAUUUGGCCAACAUAGGUCUAGGUCUAGGGGCAACAGCGAUGCUGCGUCCUCGGUACAUGCGUCCUCGGUACACAACUCCCCAUACCUGCACCACCAGGAUAGCCUGGAUAACGAUCAGCCGUCACCCCUCCUCCAUGCGCAGAACGAUCCUCAGCUGUUCCAGGACCCUGUCCCAGGAUUUGACCGAUUCAAUCUGAACGGCAGUAAUGCGCAUAUCAGCGCGGGCAACAGCCCGCAUAUCUCGCCUCGUUUGCUCCCGCAGAACCAACAAGUCCUUCCGCCAUUCCAGCCUGACACUUUUGGCCUCAACCAGAACAUGAACCCAUACGCGCCUCCAGACAUGAAUGGCUACCCAGGUCAAGCCGAGCCGUUUCCCUCACUGAACCAGCCUGUGCCUGAGUUUGGUCAGGCCGACGCCAUGUCACCGCCAGAAAUCAACAUUGACUUUGCACCGCCGUCGCGACAAGCGAGCUUUGAGCCGCCGAAGCCAGAGCAUCAGGUAGAUGCGUUGAGCCCACCAGACAGAUCACGCAGCCGGAACAGAACUCGCGCCAGAUCUGAUCCCUUCAGUAGUGCCAGCUCGCGCGCAUCCACGCCAGGCUCAGAAGUGCACCGUUCACUGUCUCCCAACGCAGCAAAGUCUCGUUCUCCUUCGCCCUCGAACAAAUCCUCGCGCCGUUCGUCUACAUCUAGCGUGCCGAACCGCGACUACAUACUGGAUCUUGCAGAUCCAUCGCGACCUGCGCCAGCCGAUGGGUCGAACCCAAAGCGCACACAGAAGCACCCUGCAACCUUCCAGUGUACACUGUGUCCGAAGCGCUUUACGCGGGCGUACAACCUCCGUUCGCAUCUGCGAACACAUACAGACGAACGUCCGUUUGUUUGCAGUGUCUGUGGCAAAGCCUUUGCCCGCCAACAUGACCGCAAGCGACACGAAGGCCUUCACUCAGGCGAGAAGAAGUUUGUAUGCCGUGGUAACCUCAAGAACGGCAACAACUGGGGCUGCGGCAGGCGCUUUGCUCGUGCAGAUGCCCUCGGACGCCACUUUCGAUCUGAGGCAGGUCGCGUGUGCAUCCGGCCCUUGCUCGAAGAGGAGGCGCGUGAGAAGGGCGAAUGGGAUGGCCAGAAUCAGCAGCUGAACAAUGGCAACGGCAUGUUCGCGCCCAUGCCAGCUCAAAACUUCAACGGCAUGAUGCCUGGGCAAUCUGGCUUCGAACCGUUCCCUCAGGCGGGUGGCAUGCAAGCUCCACAGCCCUUCCUGCCUGCCGCACUUCUGGCUCAGUACCCUGCACUUGCGGGCAUCCAGUGGGACCAGCUCCCGGCUGGGCCACCCGAUGAAGAUGGCGACGCUAGCGGUCGCAGCAGCUUUGAUGCGUCUAGUGGAGGCGAAUACUUUGAGGAAGAGAGCGAUUACCAGCAGGGGAGUCAGCAGCCCAUGUACGCUGGCGGCAACAACAGCGGCUGGGUAAGCGACUCCUACGACGGGCGGUGA